AUGUGGUUCUGUAGAACUGGACACAACCUCAUCAGAUAUCUUGUAUCAAAGUGUCAUGGGUUGGGUUGUUCCAUUUUGCUGUGGGUAUUGGAUAUACAAUGAAACAUUAACCAGUCAAGAACAUUGCAUCAUCUGGUUGGUUGUAACUUAGGUUAGUUGGUAGUAACUUAGGUUAGCCCCACUCAUCGAAGCCCACAACAUUUUUAAAACUGCUCGCCACUGGUUUGUAGCAGAACAUGGAAAAUGCAACUCAACCCAAAAAAAAAAAAGAGAUAAAUGACAAAACCCAGCUAUUCCGAACACCUCUCCCUCCCCUAUAUUAAGGUAUCAUAUCCUACUUCCCUCUCCUCUCUAUAUCUCCAAUCUCCAUAUUGUCUGAUUUCUUCACUCAAAAUGGCUUUCAUGGUUUCCAAAUCUCAACCAUCUUUCUCAGAGACGGAGGAAAGGGCUGUGAGUGUAAAGCAACAGUUGGAAGAAGAUAAAGAUGUUCAAACACUCAGUCCCAUCACCAGCCACCUCUACUUGAAAUCCUCGGCUCGGUCGUCCUCGCAUGAAACACUGGAUAAAGAAGCCGUCCUCAGACGCAUACGCCACCACAAGAGCUUGAACAGAGUCAGGACGGCUUUGCAAGCUCUGGCAAGCGGCUCAGGGAAGGCAAACGGGGACCAGAUGUGGACGGAGCUAAGCGAUGAUUUCUCCUGCCCCUGAAGGCAGAAAGCUGCACCUUUAUUAAUUUCUAGGUUGGAUUAAAUUCAUUAGAUUAAGGAUCAUGAAUGAAGUCAUGGAUGAUGACCUCAAGUAGUAGCAACGAAUGUUCCCCAGAGGACUUUCUCGAUAUUUAUUAGGAAAGUUGUGAUUAUCGAAUCCAAAAUUCUGUUCAGUGUU